UCUUUUUUUUUGUUCCCUACCUACAUGGCAUACGCAUCCGAUUCUGAUUCAGACGUUAUUCCCACUAUGGAGCGAGAUUUACCUAAUAUUCUUGUUACUGGUACUCCCGGUACCGGCAAAACUACCACCAGCGAAAUGAUUGCUCAACUGACUGGAUUGCAGCAUGUCAAUGUCGGUGAGAUUGUCAAGACAAAUCAAUUGCAUGAAGGUUAUUUGGAAGAAUUUGAUACCCAUGUGUUGGAUGAGGACAAGCUUUUGGAUGAAUUGGAAGACGUCAUGAAAGAAGGUGGCAAAGUGGUUGAUUUUCAUACAUGCGAAAUUUUCCCUGAGCGUUGGUUUGAUUUAAUAUUGGUAUUGCGAACGGAUACCGCUACUUUGUAUGAUCGUAUGGAAAAGAGAGGUUACAAUAAGCGCAAGAUUGAAGAAAAUAUGGAGUGCGAGAUCAUGCAGGUUGUAUUGGAAGCUGCCCGUGAAUCGUACGCUGAAGAAAUUGUGGUGGAACUCCAGAGCACUACCACCGAUGAUAUGGAGAGUAACGUAGAACGGGUCAAACAGUGGCUUGAUGCCUGGAAGGUCCAACACAGCAAGAACUAGACAGUAAAAAAAAAACUAUCUUUGUAUACAUAUUAUAUGACUCAACGAUUCGUCUUUCGCAUUCAACCUCCUUAGUAUUACGCAUUAAAGAAAUUUCAUUAGACUAUACAGACGACGGGAAAGGACAGGCUGA